GUUUUACCUACCUUGGACUUGACUUAAUCAAUAAACGAGCUAAUACAUUUUAUCCAGUCAAAGAGUGACUCGACUCUAGUGAUGAAGUGCAAGAGUUAGCAUAUACAUGGUUUCAAUUUUUGUCUUGCUUCUAGUUGCAUGCCAAAACCAUAUGAUUGAAGUAUCUUUUUUUUUUUUUUCUUUUCCCUUUUUAGGAUAUUGAGUUAUCAUAGUUGGAGGAAAUCAAAAGGAGAAUAUCAUUAGAUUUUACGAUGGACGAGAAAUUCUUGUUGUAGGUGUAAUUAAUUGCUUAUGAAAAUCACAAAUAUACGAGAGCGUCGAGAGAGAGAGAGACGUGUAAUACAUUUGAUUUCAGUACAAAUGUAUAAAACAUAGUGUUAAUAGAAUAACUUUUUAUUUAGAUUUUAAAUAAAUAUUUUAAUUCACGAAAUUAUAAAUAUAACGUCAUGUGAAGCAUAUGUUCUUAUAUAUUUGAGGUUACGCAUUCUCUGUGUCACCAAGACAGCCCAAAAAAUGUGCACAUUUAAAGCGUACUCCACCUUUUUAAGAUGGCUCUCCCCAGAAUUCAGAUUUCCUAUACAAUUCCUUCCCCGUGGCAAAGAGAACAUGGAGGAAGAAAACAAAAUUUUCGAGAUUUCAUAAUUGGAAACGUGGACUGGCUUAGACCUACCAAGAGAGAGACCAAGAAGUAGUUACAGUAAGACAAACAAGGUAGAGUACCCACCAUUCACCACUCUCUAAGCAAUCAUCUAAGACUUUCUCUUCUCUUCUCUUCUUCUUUAGUCUCAUCUCUCCUUCUAUCAAAGCAAAUCUUGCAAGCGUUUUGAAACUUGUAAUUGUUAGUGUCAAUACUCGGAUGUAGUAAUGGAGCAAGCAAGGUGCUGGAUGUGGACUAAGCGAAAACAUAAUUUGACUAGUUCUCAUCUUCAAGCGUCGACUAGACCUCCUCCUUCCAUAGAUGAUUCAUGGGAAGAACAGGCUUUUGCCGAAGACGCAGCUGGUCCUUUAGGUGGGUGUAUAUGGCCACCAAGAUCUUAUUCUUGCAGCUUUUGUAGAAGAGAAUUCAGGUCUGCUCAAGCUCUAGGUGGUCACAUGAAUGUUCACAGGAGGGAUAGAGCUAGACUAAAGCAGUCUCCACCAGGCCCCCAUAAUGAAGUAGUUCAUCAUCCUCCUCAUCAUCACCAUGAUGACCACCAAAAUCAUAACAAUCUCUUCCCUAGUCCCCAUACAUCUUUGGCUUUUCAAUACCCAUCUCAUCAGAUUUGUGCCUUGGUUUAUAGCCCUAACCCUAAUUCUGAUCCUGGUAUUAUUGCAUCACCAUCUUCACCUUCUAACAAGGCUUCCACUACACCUACUCGAGCGAAUUGCGAUGAAAAGAACCUGUUCCCUCCUUUCUCUUCUUCUAUUAUUAAAGAAAAACUUGACGAGAGGUACCGUAGAUCUUCCCCUCCGUCGCGGCCGAACUUGGCCGAAGAAAGAUAUUACCAUAUCUCAGAUCCCAGGAGUGAAGGAGAUCAUAAGGAUUCAAUUCUAGAAUCAGGAUGUAGAGCUAAGGUAGAUUAUGUCAAGACUGAUCUGGCUGUGAGCUUGAAUUUGGUUGUUCGACGAACUCGCCAAGCAAUAUCAGAUGAUGAUGAAGCUGGUGAUGAGGAGACGGCCAUAGGCUGCAAAAGAAGGAGAACUAGUACUUCAUCAUUAUCUUUCUUCAAGAAGUCGAAUUCAGUUGAUAGACAUCAUGUCCAAUCAGAGGUAAUCGAAAUUACUCCUUGUUCUAUAGAGGAGUUGGAUCUUGAACUCAGGCUAGGUGACCGGCCCAAGGUAAAGUAGUUGUAGAGCACUCCCAAGUUGCCAUAUGGGCAUAUAGUUACUAAAUACCGAGUUCUUCUGCGUUAUAUUGCUUAUAAUUAUUUCUUUGUUGCUUUCAGUUUAAUCACUUUCUUCUAUAUUUGAGUGCUUAUGAAUUCUCACAAAGGUGCAUGUAACAAUAACAAGAAAAAAAUGACAAAACAAAACAAGUAAAAGAGUGAAAGUUUCA